AUGCCGAGCUCUCAGACAUACUCUUCGUCUUCGUAUAGCGCGGCGGCGGUGGCGGCCACGGCUUCGGCGUCCGUUACGGGUACGGCUUCUUCCGUGGCGGCGGCGGAGAGCAGACCCAACGAACCCACGUCAUGGGACGGGGAGGUGCAGGAGACUCCCGAAGACCUGGCGGCGAUGGAGUACCUCAAGUGGGAGUUGCACGGCAAGUUCAUGGCCUUCCCGGGAGAGCACUAUCACAACCUCUUGGCUAACCUAGCGUCGGAGAUCUACCACAAUCGGUACCCUGUGGAGCACGGGAUCGACAUACUCCAUGGGGUCAUGCGAGACGCCGGGCCUGAAGCUUUGCAGAAGUGUGCCGCCACGCUCAAGAGAAUGAACCUCCCGCCGAAGAUGACCAUCUAAACGGCGGGAUGGAAAAGAAUGAAGAAGAACCUUGUUCGGAGCCGAAGAAAAUGUUGAUCAUGGAAGCAAAAAUACCGGCAACAGGAAGAGAUUGGGCAGGCUCUAUUCGGAAAGACCGCCUACCGAUUAGAAGACGGUGCACGCGAGUGUCUCCUGUUUUGCGGACGAGUGUGAGCGUCGAACGAUUGGCCAGUGAGAAUCUAUUCACCUUCGCGACGGGGAAGGUACGGCGGACAGCGAAAUUUUGUGGGUCAAGGCGCUCAAAUGGGGGUGAAAGUCGAGAAGAGUGUGAGUUGGGAACCCUGUUCAGCCAUUCACCAAUCUACCCGGAACAACGGCAGUUCUCACUUGGUACUGCUGCAUCCAUCGGUACACCCAAGUUGUUCUGGUGCAAGGCGGCGAUUGUGGUGCUGCUGGCUCUUCUGACCUUGCCUUGUAGACCCUGCAAAUCGGCGAUUGUGUCGCUGGCUCUUCUGAUGUAGACCCUUCAGUUCGUCUGAGGAUUUCAUGUCCUGCUGUUGGUGGCGGUGUUGACGCUAGGGAAGCGCCUGGCUCUGAGGUUUUCUUAGUGCGAAAGGAGGCGUGUCCUGUUCCAGUUCUCUCUGAACUUUCGUGACGAUUUCUGAACGUGGGCGGAGGGUCAGUUUCCGUCCGCUGCUUGGAGGUCGGUCGUGUACGGAUGGAAGGGUUGGCCUGUUUCGAAAGGUGCGGUGCGCGAAUUGCCCUUUUGUUGCCCCGAGCUUACAACAAGCGGGAUUGCGCGAUAGGUGCUUGGGUGGAGGUGUUGUUUCGGCGUGAAGUGAGGCUGCUUGUUGUGCGAUUAGACUACUCGUUGGAACGGGGGGUGUUGACCUGUAUGUACACUAUUGUGGAU